GCCGUACUGUACAACUUGUGAAUGUUGCGGCAAUAUUUGGCAAAAUGGUACGAACGUCAAAGGACCAAACUCCAAAAACAGGAGUCAUGGAGAGCAGCGCGGAGAGGAAAUUUAUCAACUUGAGGAGGCGUCUGGACCAGCUGGGCUAUAGGCAUCCUCUGGGGAUUGAAAACCUGCCACUCGUCGAGAAGCUUUUCAGUGAUCUGGUCCACACGACAGAAAGCCUGCGCAAUGCAAAACUCUCAGCAAAGUCAGAAAAAGCGAGCCAAAACUGCGACGCCCUCCUGGAGCCCUACAGAGCCGAUAAUGCAAGGCUGGUCAGGGAAAACAACCAGCUUCACCAGGAGGUCCUCAAGUUGAAGGAGGAAAUAGAGCAUAUAACUAGAGACUUAAAUAACCAUAUCAGAAAACUAGACCAUGACAUGUGCGACCUGAAGUUCUUGAACAAUCAGUACGCGCACAAGAUCCGCUGCCUGGAGAAGGACGGCAAAGCCAAAGCCGAGCGCAUCCUGCAACUGCAGGAAAAGAACCUGCAAGCGGUGGUGCAGACGCCAGGUGGCAAAAAGCACCGCAUCGCUUUCCGACGUCAGAGAAUGCAGACGGAUGAGCUCAUCCCUCCACCUGUGACAUCGAGGUAUCCCGCGGCCCAGCCCGACGAUCCGUACUUAGCAGAUCUACUACAACUGGCUGAUAACAGGAUUGUUGAGCUGCAGGAUGAAGUCACAAAAGUCAAGUCAGAGUUAGACGAGUCCCAUGAAUGCAUACAGGUCUUAAAUAACCAAGUUGGUGACAGGGACCAGGAGAUCGAGCGUCUGAACAGUGCGCUUCACGGAGGCCGACCUCGCGAUGUCGUCUCUUUGGAGACUCAGAAGGUCAACGACGAGAAACUGAUCGCCCACCUCAACCAUCAGAUUGAGUUUCUGCAAGAGAGCAAUAUGACACUUGAGCAGAAGAUGAAGGGACUGCAGGACAACUCCUCCAGCAAAGUGGCCGACCUCUCCUUGAAGAACUUUGAACUGUGCCAGGAGCUGACGCACAUCGACGACCUGGCCAAGCGGAUGGAGAUGGAUAAGGAGCGAGCCCUGGAAAUGGCCGACGUGGAGUUGCGGGAUAACAAAGAAGUCAUAAAAAAACAACAGGAAGCCAUUGAUGAUUUGGAGAAGAAGCUUAAAAAAAUAACAGCGGAGCUUUCUGAACGGGACUGUGAAAAGGCCUCUCUUGAAGAUCAGUUGAUGGAGCUCCAAAGGCAGAAGGAGACAUUGGAGGGAACGCUGGACUUCCUGGAAGCGGAGAGUGUCAGGCUACAAGACAAAAUGGACAAGAUGAUGGCUGCUGACAAAGACAUGGUGCUGGAGUUGGAGGCCUUGCGAGCCAAACACGGUGUCUGCGGAAGGGAACGCUCGCCGUCGCGCCUGGACGCCUUCGUCAAGAGUUUGGAGCAGGAGCGGGACCACUACCGCCGGGAAGCUGAACGCUGCAGACAAGUCAGCCCCGUCCGUAGUCCUCUCCGGAGCAGGAGUCCAGUGGGCAAGGGAGGCGGGUCCGACAUGCUGACUUUGGGGAAGGAGCGAGACUUGCUGAAGGCGGCUCUGCAGGAUGUGGAGGAGCGCAUGGAGGACAUCCAGACAAACGUGAAAGCGCUCACUGCUGAGAGAGACCACUUUAAAGUCAUGUAUUAUCAGGCCCAAGAGGAGCUGCAGGACGCCUGUCAAAGGUCAAGCACGUCCGACGAUGUCUUGAACCUGAAAGAGGAACUCCGGCUGGCAGAAAGUAAAAUCCUGCAGGUUAAGGCGGAGAGAGACUUACUGAUGGAGGAAUUUAAGGUUGGCCAGACUUCCGCUCUCCCAAACGGACACGGGCAAGAAAAGCGGUUUCUCGACAUGCAGAAUGGCAUUCACAUUUUGGAACAGGAGAACCUGGACCUGCGUUCGCAGCUCUUUGCGCUGAAGGAAAGUAAGCGGGACAUGGAGCAGAAGCUGGACGUUCAGUCUAGCGCGCUGCUUCUGAGCGCGGAGGAGGCGGCACAGCACAGGAAGACGGCUUCUGCUUUGAGGCUGCAGGAGGAGCAAAUGCAGUUUUCACUCUCCGACCUCCAACACAAGCUGUCUAUAAAGACCUCCGAGCUUCACGGUGCUCAGGAACAGAUGGAAAUUCAGGAUGAAACCUUAGCAAUGUUGCGUCAGCAGGUGUCCAAGUACAAGCAGGAGGCGGAACGCCUUCAGCUCUCCUUCUCUGCGCUGGAUAAGGAGAAGGAUGGCCUGCAAGAUGAGGUGGAUCAAAAAGCAGAGAAGCUGGUUAGUCUUCAGGAGGAACUUAAAAACAAGGCAAAGACACUUGAGGAUGUGAGACUCAGAGUCACCACGAUGGACAAAUCUUUGGCUCAACUCCAGGGGGCGCUAAACAGUCGUGAGCGGGAGAUCGCCCGUCUGAAGAAACAGUUGGACGAAACCCAAAUGGUGCUGGGAGGAGUACAGAAAACCAACGAGCUCACAGCCAAGGAAAAUAGAAGGUUUCGGGAGGACCUGAGUACCAUGACCAGAGAGAACCAAACCGUCCACGAGGAGAUGGAUGCGGCUUUACGUGAGCGCGAUGAGCUGAAGUUGUGAGUGCACUCUUACAUAAGCGCCGUAGCCAGGGUUGAGAAUCAGUUGAAGGCAAAGGAUCAGGAGAAACUGGACCUGCUGGAGCGCUACCGUACGGCUCACUUGGACGUGGAGGAGCGGAAACACAGGCUGCAGCAGAUUGAGGAGAUCACCAACUCCAUCCGCCUGGAGCUCCUCUCUUCAGAGGCAGAACGCCAGCACCUGCACGGAAUUGUCAGCCACAAGGAGCUGGAGAUCCAGCAGUAUGUCCAAGCCCUGGAGGCGUACGAGUCCAAAGUGUCGACGCUGGCCCAAACCAUGGCCCGACUGGAGGAGGAGCUGCACAAAGCCCAAGAGGAGAAAGCGGGCCUCACGUCUGACUUGGCCUCCGUCAGGGAACUCUGCGUCAAGCUGGACGCCGGCAAGGAGCUGACCGCGCGAUGUUUGACGUCCAAGAGCAUGGAGCUCGAGAGGGUGAACGAAGAGCUGGAGGACGUGCGCUCCGAAGCCGAGCUGCUGAAAAAGCAGCUGGCCAGCGAGCGACUGGCGAUUCAAAGUGUGGAGAAGCUGCUGUCCACCAACCGCCAAAAGGAGAUACAGACCCACCUGACGGCCAGUGAAAAGGAAUCCGAGCUCAAGGUCCUGCGCGACAGGCUCACCUUGGCCGACAAGAAGAACGUCGAGCACGCAAGAGAGGUGUCCAACCUCCGCACUAAAGUCUCUCAGCUGCAGACACAGAUGGACGUCCUCAACAGACAGCUGACAUCAGAACGCUUUGAACGCGAGAGGGCCAUGCAGGAAAUGCGUCGGCAAGGCCUGUCCAUCUCGCCUCUGAGGAGCUCAUCAUCCCUCAACGUCUCAACGGGCUCGCAGCGCACGUCCAUCAACAGCUCCACUCCACAGUCAGACAAUUAAUAUUUCAUUCUUCUCUUUAAUUUACAGGAACUACAACUUAAGAGUGGCCCUCAACUUAUUUUUCUUUUCAAGCCACAAGCCAUCACCACAUGCGUUAGCUCAAAUAAAAAUAAAAAAAUAUAUAUAAUAAUCAUAAUUUGGAGUUGAAAUUUCCAUUUAUUGGAGUAGUUCUAUUCAAAACAUGUCAGCUAAAUUACAAUAUUCAUUAAUAACUCACCUAAUAAAUUAGGUCGUGUUUUAUUUAGUGAGUUUCGUUUUGAAUGGAGCAACCAAAAUAUAUGAACGUAUCCAACUGCAAAUGUAUAUACACUCUGAAAUAUUUUGUUUGUUUCUUUCACCGUCCUUCAUAAACAAAAUAACUGUAUAAUAGCUCUACCAGCACUUGCCAACUAGUAUUUAUUGAGCCAUAGAAUUAUGCUUGAAUUAUUUCACGCACAUUUUGGAUUUUCUAAUUUUCUGUGCAAUAUAACAUUGUUUACCUCCAUGUUUGUUUGUUUUUCCCUCGUCAUGUUAUAAAAUACUUUGUUGAAUAAACAUGGAUUGUGUUUUCAUACCA